AUGACAAAUAAAAUAAUAACCGCUUGUGCUUCUGAAAUAAAAAAAAUUGGUAGAUUUGAACCAAGAUUUUACUAUAAUCAAAGUCUAUUAAAAAAAACAUUUGAUAAAUUUGGAUAUGAGGAAAUUAACGAUUUUGCAACCCUAAAAAGCGGUUCAACACCUAAACAUUAUGAAAAUAAAAGAAAUGAAGAAGAUUGUUAUUUUAUUGAAUCUGCUAAUGUUAAAAGAUAUGGUUUAAAUUUUUCUACAAUUAAUUUUGUAUCAAGUGAAACUCAUAAAUCUAGGAUUGAAUUUAAGGUUAUACCUAACGAUAUUUUACUAUCCAGUGCAGGUACUAUAGGAUUUGCUUGUUUAGUUCCGCAUACUCUAAAAGAAAGUAGCACAAAUCAAAAUGUAAUACGAAUAAGGUUAAAAGAUAAAAGUUUGACAAAAUUUAAUCCUCAUUUUUUAGUUGCUUUUUUAAAUUCGCAAUUUGGUCAAAUAGAGAUGAAAGCACUCUUAACAAAUGACCGAUAUCUCAACAUAAAAAAUUUUAAGCAAUAUAAAAUUCCUAAAAUAGAUGAGAAAACUAUACAAAUAAUUAGUCUGAAAAUACAAAAAGCCGAAAAAAAUGAAAUGGAGGCCUCAUUGUUAUUAGAACAAGCCAAAAAUUUUUUUUACCGAAAAAUAGGCAUUGAUUUUUCAAAAAUAGCAGAGGAAAAAUCUUACUCGGUAAAUGCUGCCGAUUUCUUAAAAGCCGACCUCUGGUCUCCAAAAUACCUAACUUCUGACUUGGUAAAUUAUGAAGCGGACCAAUUUCCGGAUUUUUAUGUUUCUGAAAAAAUUUAUGAUGAAUUAAAUCAAGAUAUAAAAACUAACGAUGUACUUUUUAUUAAAGAUGGGAAUAAUGGGAUGAGGAGUGCAAUGAUAACCAAAAAUGAUAAGAUUAUAAUAAGUUCACACAUUGUUAAAUUAAGACUUAAAAUUGAAGCAAAAAAGCAUAAUUUUACGCCUGAAUAUCUUUUUUUAGUUCUAUCUUUAAAAGAAAUAGGUUUUUACUCUUCAAUUAGAAGAACGGUUAUUGCUUCAACUUUACCAUGUUUAAGAGAAGAUAAAUUAAAAGAAAUUGAAAUUCCGAUACUUGACAAAAAUUCCAUUGGUGAAAUUACAGAAUUAGUAAAAAGAGCAUUUGAACUAAAAGAUGAAAAAAAAGGGUUAAUUAAAGAAGUCCAAAAGGAAAUCGACGACUACUUUCAAAUUUAA